AAUAGAAAUAAAAUAAAAUAAAAAAAAAUAGUUAAUAUUUCUUUAUUUAUUUCUUUUUUUAUUCACACACUUUAAAAAAAAUAAUAAUAAUAACAAUGACAGAUAUUUUACCUUCUUCACCUGCCGCUUCUAUGACUAGCUUUAGAAGAUAUCGUUUUGCAACCGAAGUAGUGACUAUUGACAAUUCAGAUGAUCCUCAUAAUGCGUCUUCAAUACCCAUUUAUCAAACAGCUACCUUUAAACAAAAAGGGGCAAAUGCUUCUGGAGAAUAUGAUUACUCUCGUAGUGGUAAUCCAACCCGUACACAUGUUGAGAAUCAUUUGGCAAAAUUGAUGGGAGCAGAGAGAGCAUUAGUAGUGACGAGUGGUAUGGGAGCACUUGAUGUCAUCACACGUCUAGUGAGAGCAGGAGAAGAGAUUAUUGCAGGAGAUGACCUCUAUGGUGGCACAAAUCGUCUCCUCAGCUUUUUGGCUCAAUCACAAAAUAUUAAGACACAUCAUAUAGACACAACGAAAUCUGAUUCUAUUUUACCUUAUCUAUCAGCAGAGAGGACAAGAUUGGUCUUACUCGAGUCACCUACAAAUCCAUUGAUCAAGAUCAGUGAUAUCCCCACCAUUUCAAGAUAUGUUCAUGAACGAUGUCCUAAUGCCUUGGUUGUGGUGGAUAACACGAUGAUGUCUCCUUAUCUGCAACGUCCCUUAGAGCUGGGUGCUGAUAUAUCGUAUCAUUCAGGUACCAAAUACUUAUCAGGUCAUCAUGACUUGAUGGCAGGUGUUAUUGGCGCUAAAACGGCUGCGAUUGGAGAUGCACUUUAUUAUGUGAUUAAUGCUACAGGGUGUGGUUUGAAUCCAUUUGAUUCAUGGCUUCUCUUACGUGGUGUAAAGACAUUAGCAGUACGUAUGGAUAAACAACAGGCAUCUAGUAUACGUAUCGCCCAUUAUUUAGAGUUACUAGGAUUUAAAGUCCAUUACCCUGGUUUAAAAUCACAUCCUCAAUAUCAAUUGCAUCAUUCAAUGGCAUCAGGUCCAGGCGCUGUACUUAGUUUUGAAACUGGGGACGUUGACAUCUCAGAACGAAUUGUGGAGGCUACACGACUUUGGAGUAUUAGCGUCUCCUUUGGUUGUGUAAACUCAUUAAUUAGUAUGCCCUGUAGAAUGUCACAUGCCUCUAUCCCUGCUCAUAUUCGUGCUGAAAGAGCCCUUCCAGAAGAUUUAAUUCGUUUAUGUGUUGGGAUUGAAGAUGUAGAAGAUCUUUUAGAGGAUUUAGAACGGGCUUUGGAUAUUGCCGGUGCUUUAUUACCUCUUCCAGUUAAACAAUAAUGUGUUCACUUUGUAUAAUAUAAUAUAAUAUAAAAAUAAAAUAAAUUAUUAUUAUUAUUAUUAUUA